UACUGUAUCAUAGGUUAGGCUUAAAAACUCGUCACACUUGUGACGUAUGUUAUUAUCGGGCUGUAAUUAUGCAAACGAUCUAACAGCAUGAUGAUUCGUCAUGUCCGUGGUUACAUAUAUCGAGUCGCACUCUAUUUCUUCUCUUCGGGUUCUAAGAAACAUGGGAGGAAAGUGGUCCAGCAUGGAUCCCUCGCAAAUCGAGGUUCCUGAAAUAAAAACUCUUUUGGAUAGGGAUCCCUACUUAAAACCAUAUGAAACUGAUAUUCGUCGAAGAUAUGCUUUAUUUAAAGAUUACACCGAGAAAAUUGAGGCAGGAGACACAGAUUUAAAGCAAUUUACGAUGGCGUACAAAAACUUUGGAAUUCAUAUUCUGGAUGAUAAUAGUAUUAUUGCGCAGGAGUGGGCACCUGCUGCACAAGAAGUAUUUCUGACUGGAGAUUUCAAUAAUUGGAAUAGAACUUCCACACCAUAUAAAAAAUUGGAGUAUGGCAAAUGGGAACUGCGCUUGCCUCCAAACGCAGACGGUAGUUGUCCUAUAAAACAUCUUUCUGAAGUAAAAAUUAUCAUCAAAGAUUAUAAUAAUGAGUUACUUGAAAGACUGAGUCCAUGGGCAACUUAUGUAAUACAGCCAGCAGACAAAUCUGAGGGCACUACUUAUAAGCAACGUAUAUGGCAUCCAUCUCCAGAGAAGGUGUAUAAAUUCAAACAUCCCAAACCAAAGAGACCAGAUGGUCUGAGAAUUUAUGAAUGUCAUGUCGGAAUCGCUACCCAAGAGUUGCGAGUUGGCACUUAUUUGGAAUUUGCGAAAGAUAUAAUACCAAGAAUCGUUAAACAGGGAUACAAUGCAAUACAGUUGAUGGCGAUCAUGGAACACGCUUAUUACGCUAGUUUCGGAUAUCAGGUGACUUCCUUUUACGCGGCCUCGUCUCGUUAUGGAACUCCUGAAGAAUUGAAGGAGCUGGUGGAUGUGGCACAUCAACACGGUCUCUAUGUGCUGCUAGAUGUGGUUCAUUCGCACGCGUCUAAGAACACCUUGGACGGGUUGAAUAUGUUCGACGGUACAGAUGCGUGUUUCUUCCAUAGCGGCAGCCGUGGCGACCAUCCGCUGUGGGAUAGCAGAUUGUUCAAUUAUGGCGAGUACGAGGUACUCCGAUUCUUGUUAUCCAACCUGCGUUGGUACAUUGAGGAGUAUGGCUUUGAUGGGUUCAGAUUCGAUGGCGUUACCUCGAUGUUGUAUCAUUCGAGAGGUUUUGGACAAGGUUUCAGUGGUCAUUAUGACGAAUAUUACGGUCUGAAUGUUGAUAUGGAGGGUGUGGUAUAUUUGAUGAUUGCUAAUCAGAUGUUACACGACAUAUAUCCCGAGAUGAUCACAAUAGCCGAAGACGUCAGUGGAAUGCCAGGUGUUUGCAGGCCAGUUGCUGAAGGUGGCAUGGGAUUUGACUAUCGAUUAGCUAUGGCUAUUCCCGAUAAAUGGAUUAAGUUGUUAAAAGAGGUGAAAGAUGAAGAUUGGGAAAUUGGGGAUAUUUGUUGGACAUUAUCCAAUCGGAGAUGGAUGGAGAAAGCGGUUGCUUAUUCCGAAUCUCACGAUCAAGCUCUCGUAGGCGACAAAACAAUCGCUUUUUGGCUCAUGGAUAAGGAGAUGUAUACACACAUGAGUGUUGUAACUUCACGUAGCGACGUCAUUUCGCGUGGUAUUGCUCUUCAUAAUCUAAUCACACUGAUCACACAUGCUUUGGGUGGCGAAGCUUAUCUAAACUUUAUGGGCAAUGAAUUCGGCCAUCCCGAAUGGCUCGACUUUCCAAGGAUUGGAAACGGGAACAGUUACCACUAUGCGAGACGUCAGUGGAACUUAGUGGACGAUGAAUUACUCAAAUACAGAUACAUGAACAAUUGGGAUCGCGCUGUAAACACGCUCGAAGAAAAAUACGGAUGGCUGCAUGCUAAUCCUGGCUAUGUGAGUUGGAAACAUGAAGAUGACAAGGUGAUUGUCUUCGAUCGAGCUGACCUCGUAUUUGUCUUCAACUUUCAUCCGAACAAAUCGUUUGCCGAUUAUCCAGUUGGCAUAAAAAAUCCAGGAUCCUAUAAAAUCGUCUUAUGCAGCGACGAUGAACAAUUUGGGGGAGAAAAUCGAGUAGAUGCGAAUGUGCGGCAUUUCACGCAGCCAGAAUCGUUUUCUGCGUAUCCACACAAAACGAUGGUUUACAUUCCGUGCCGCACGGCCAUAGUUUACGCACAAGCUGAUUCAUAAACUUCUGAAUUGUGAGUGGAAACUGUCUAGAGAUUAUUAAAGGGUAAUGAGAUCACAUUUAUUAGAGAUAUUAUUUUUGUAGAGAAUGUAAUUCAGAGGUUCUUUUUUACGAGAAGAUAAGUGAUAAAUCUUGAAAUUAGCUACAAUAAUUGUAUUUUUACAUAAAAACAAUUGUGUUUCAUUUACAUUUGAUUAAUGGACACUGUUUAACUUCUUUUUCACAGAAUUUGUCACUUUUCUUCUUCAUACCUAAACUCCACUGAAUUAUAAUAUUUUUGACAAACAC